GGCGACAUUCACCUGCCCUGGCUCGCUCCCCGGUGCGGCCUGUCUUGUCCUUAGCGGCUCCUCUCGGGCUGUGUCUACACGACUGACUCGCCGUAGCGUAGCGGUGUCACUCCGGCGUGCGAUCCGUGCCGGGAAAAGCCCCGAGGGGAGGGGGACACCCGUUAUACGGGGGAAAGCCGAGUUUCCCCCCUAGAGCCGUGUCUGAUUUAUCUAGCUGUGUCAUGGCAGCCAGACUGGUGCAACGCUGUUGUCGUCGGCUCUUUGGUGGCUCCACCUUCGCAUCCCUGGCAAACCCAGCUUCUCUGUUAGCACCAGCAUCCAAGACAGUGAUAGCAAGAGCUCUGCCUCAGGGAGCUCUCGCUUCAUUAUACACUUCAGGCCUCUCCAGGCAAAUAGACACACACUCAGUCAAGAAGCAAGGGUACAGUGGACAUCCAGAGAACAGAAAGAUUGAUGAACUCAUUGCAUCAGCUCCUAGCCCUGGCGAUCUCUUGCACGUGGGUGAACAUGACUCUCUAAAUGGGAAGCAGGCCUCCGCACUGAUCAUCCAACUCUCCCAACUCGUGGUGAAGGAAAACCUAAAACCGGAGAGCAUCUUGCAGGACAGUCGCUUCCAGCGAGUGCUCGGCGUUCUACAUAGCCAGAUUUCCCAAGUCUAUAGUAGCUCUUUGUUGCCCCUCUUGAAGAGCCUCGACCUUCUGGGGCUGGAGAGGAAUAAGAGGGAGCUGAGAUCGGUGAAGCAGGAGGUGCGCUGGCGGUUGAGACGCUUGGAUUUCAGGCAGAUUGCUUCCCUGGCAGAGUACGUGGCAGCCAGCAAGCAGGCGGAGGAUCAGAAUGAGCUGCUGAGCGACAUAGUGAAGCACCUGGAGCUGCGCUGGACGGAGAUUGGGGACACGAGAGCUGUGGUGGUAAUGAUGGUGAAGCUCGGACACCUCUCGAAGACCCUGAUGGACCGGCUGGAGGACAAGGCUUUGGAAUUAGCCGAGCAAUUCACUGCUGAGGACAUUCGGAAACUGACAUUAGCUUUAGCGAUCCAGAAGCGGCGCUCUGUCCCCCUGCUCCGGGCCAUUUCCUACCAUCUGGUUCAGAAGCACUUUACCCUCAGCACUAGCGUUCUGGUGGACUUGGCCUUUGCAUAUGGAAAGCUGAAUUUCCACGAUACCCAGGUCUUCCAGAAGAUGUCAUCAGACCUGCACGCCCGCGUGUUCGAGAUGACUCCUGGCGACGUGAGGCGCUGCAUUAAGUCCUUCGCUUACCUCAAGUGGCUCAGCCUACCGCUCUUCGAGGCCUUCACUCAGUAUACCCUGGACAAUGCCGACAGAUUCAACACACUGAAGCUGUGCGACAUCAUCCUGUCUUUCGCCCGCCUGAACUUCCAGCCCAGCCGCAGCGAGAACUUCUAUAACAUGAUCCAUGAGAAGCUUGGUGACCAACUGGGCAGCCUGAACCCGCACCUGCUGACAGACCUGGUGUGGUCACUGUGUGUGCUGCAGCAGGCGAAGACUCCCUACCUGCAAAGCGUGCUGGCCCCACAGUUUUAUGGGCAGCUUCUAGACGACCAGACGCCCAGAGGACAGAACUACAGGCUCAAACUGAUGCAUAUCAACGCUGCCGCCAGGCUGGAGUCCCCGGGCUAUGAGGGGCCCUUCCUUCCGCCAGAGGCCCUGAGUGCCCCGGAGCCGCCAGAGGACAGGAAGGCCACUCCACUACAGAGCAGCCUGCAGGAGGUGCUGAACAAGGUGGCCAAAUCCGAGGUUAACAGGCGGUUCAAUGUACACACCAUUUAUGGCUGGCAGCUCGACGCUGAGAUGAUGCUGAACAGCGACAAUCAGCCUCUCCCCAUAAAGGACUUCGCUUCCCCCCACCUGCUCCAGUCAGAAGGGACAAAACCCCCGCCCCACAACACCAUGAGGAUCGCUUUCCUGGGGUGGGAGUUCCCAAACUUCAGCAGCAGAAGCAAGGAGCUGCUGGGCCGCUUCGCCAUGGCCCGACGACACGUGCAAGCCGCCGGGUUCUUGAUCGUGGAUGUUCCCUACUAUGAGUUUCUGGAGCUGAAAUCGGAGUGGCAGAAGGCAGCCUACCUCAAGGACAAAAUGAACAAAGCCGUAGGGGCAGUGAUGGCUAAGUGACCCCUGCACCUGUCGAACGAUGGAUUCUAGUGUUCGCAUCCGGCAUGAGAGAGAGAGGAUUGCCUCAGGCGACCGGAGUGCUGCUGCUGUGAACGGGUGUUGUGCUCCCCAGGGGUGGGGAGGAGGAAGGCAGAGGUGGGGGUAGCGUUGUGUAUAUAAAUAUGUAUUGGAAUAAAUUCCCUCUUGUACAGGCCA